GCACUCUCGGCUGUUGUUGUCCCUUUAAAAUCGGAAUCCAAGGGGUAAUGAUUUAUCAAACUCUUAUUAUCAAGAAAAUGUCAAACGAAGGGCACCUUGCUAUGCACUGACGCAAACCCAGUCUUUCCCAGGGAGAUAUAGAAAGCUUUGCUCUGGACAGAACAAAAUCCAGUCCACAGAUAGCUUGUACUGCAGGAUCUUGUCUUCUACAGUUCAAUCUGUUGCUUAGUUAAGACAACAAUGGAUUACUCAGGUCCAAAGGAUAUGAACAAGCAACUUGCAAAUAGUUUGGAGGCUCCAGGAAACCCAGAAGGCUCCUCAGUGACAAGGACCAGUCCAGAGCCUGAGCCUUCCUCUGCCACCCCUUCCCAACCGCCCAGGAUUGCCAAGUCAGCUUCCAACGGUAUUCAAACUUUCCUUUCGGAAGAAGCCAAAAGCUACGAAUCAGAGCGGACCAAAGUAGGGAUCUGCAGUGCUAGGGCACCACUAGAUGCUGCCUCCCGUCAGGAUUCGAUUGAGGCCCAUGCCCUGCAGACCAUUCCCCCUACUGGGGACCCAGGACCGGGCCCAGGCAAUGCUCAGCACUGCAGAAUUCCGGCCCUUCGAGGUGCCAGUGUUGGAGAGGAAGAGAGCGGGAGCUCCGGUAAGGGUACUCUGGAGAGGAACAGUACCCAGGCUGCAGGUUGGAUAAACAUGAGCCAGAGCACUGUGGUGCUGGGCACAGACGGCAUCACUUCGGUUCUGCCAGGCAGUGUUACGACUACUUCUACCCCCGUGGAGGACGAUGAAGGGGAUGAGAAUAAAGCUCGAGGGAACUGGUCUAGCAAACUGGACUUCAUCCUGUCCAUGGUUGGGUACGCAGUGGGGCUGGGCAAUGUCUGGAGGUUUCCGUACCUGGCCUUUCAGAAUGGGGGAGGUGCUUUUCUCAUUCCCUAUCUGAUGAUGUUGGCUCUAGCCGGGCUGCCCAUCUUUUUUCUGGAAGUGUCACUGGGGCAGUUUGCUAGCCAGGGCCCUGUGUCUGUCUGGAAAGCGAUCCCUGCUUUACAAGGCUGUGGCAUCGCUAUGCUCAUCAUCUCAGUCCUAAUAGCCAUAUACUAUAAUGUGAUUAUAUGCUACACACUUUUCUACCUGUUUGCCUCCUUUGUGUCUGUGCUACCCUGGGCCUCUUGCAACAACCCAUGGAACACACCAGACUGCAAAGACAAAACCAAACUUUUAUUAGAUUCCUGUUUUGUUGGUGAUCAUCCAAAAAUACAAAUUAAGAAUUCAACUUUCUGUAUGACUGCCUAUCCAAACUUGACAAUGGUUAACUUCACCAGCCAAGCCAACAAGACAUUCGUCAGUGGGAGUGAAGAGUAUUUCAAGUAUUUUGUGUUGAAGAUUUCUGCAGGAAUUGAAUAUCCUGGUGAGAUCAGGUGGCCACUAGUCGUAUGUCUCUUUCUGGCUUGGGUGAUUGUAUAUGCAUCUCUUGCUAAAGGCAUCAAGACAUCAGGCAAAGUGGUGUACUUUACUGCUACAUUCCCUUAUGUUGUGCUUGUGAUCCUACUCAUCCGAGGAGUUACCUUGCCAGGAGCUGGAGCAGGAAUUUGGUACUUCAUUACACCUAAGUGGGAGAAACUUACUGAUGCCACAGUAUGGAAAGAUGCUGCAACCCAGAUUUUCUUCUCUUUAUCUGCUGCCUGGGGAGGUCUGAUUACUCUUUCCUCUUACAACAAAUUUCACAAUAACUGCUACAGGGACACACUCAUCGUCACCUGCACCAACAGUGCUACGAGCAUCUUUGCAGGUUUUGUCAUCUUUUCUGUCAUUGGCUUCAUGGCAAAUGAGCGCAAAGUAAACAUCGAGAAUGUGGCUGACCAAGGACCUGGUAUUGCCUUUGUGGUUUAUCCUGAAGCCUUAACCAGGCUUCCUCUCUCUCCAUUCUGGGCCAUAAUUUUCUUCUUGAUGCUCCUGACUCUUGGGCUGGACACCAUGUUUGCCACCAUUGAGACUAUAGUGACAUCCAUUUCAGAUGAGUUUCCAAAGUAUUUGCGCACUCACAAACCUGUCUUUACUCUUGGAUGCUGUGUUUGUUUCUUCAUUAUGGGCUUUCCUAUGAUUACUCAGGGUGGAAUUUACAUGUUUCAACUUGUGGACACAUAUGCAGCUUCAUAUGCAUUGGUCAUCAUUGCAAUCUUUGAGCUUGUUGGAAUUUCCUACGUAUAUGGUCUGCAAAGAUUUUGUGAAGAUAUAGAAAUGAUGAUUGGAUUCCAGCCAAACAUUUUCUGGAAAGUCUGCUGGGCAUUUGUAACACCUACCAUUCUUACAUUUAUUCUUUGCUUCAGUUUUUAUCAGUGGGAGCCCAUGACCUAUGGCUCUUACCGUUACCCCAAUUGGUCGAUGGUGCUUGGAUGGUUGAUGCUGGCCUGCUCAGUUAUUUGGAUCCCCAUUAUGUUUGUGAUAAAAAUGCAUCUUGCUCCAGGCAAAUUUAUCGAGAGGCUCAAGUUGGUUUGUUCUCCACAGCCAGACUGGGGACCAUUUUUAGCCCGGCACCGUGGAGAGCGCUAUAAGAACAUGAUCGACCCAUUGGGAACUUCCUCCCUGGGACUGAAGCUGCCAGUGAAGGAUUUUGAACUGGGAACUCAAUGCUAGUCUUAUGGCAGCAACAACCCAGCCUUGAUUUUGAUUUUUUUUCUUAUUUCCCUCCCAUAUCCUUAUUUUGCUCCCUACUUACCACAUUUCCCUACACUUUUGUGCAUGAGAGAGAGUUAGAAAAGUAGGGCUUUUUUGUCGCAUGCUAUAGUGAAGAGCUAGACAGACCACUUGAAGCAGUGUUGACUUUGAGUUAGUGGUGUCUUAUAUAUUGGGUUUUUCCCUUGUGUAGCAUGCGGUUGUUCACCUUUUGGGAGUGGAUUGGAAAAGUGAUUUCCACCAGUCAUUAGGGCCACAAGGAGGAAUGGUUUGGUCACUGCAAGUUUCCUUUUAGUGGCCUAAGUAGAGUUGAAGCAGAGUGGUAAGGUGUUGUGACCUCAACCAUGAGGCCACCAAUAAUUUGGAAGGUAUUAGCAUGGAGAGUCGAAUGAAUGAUUUCAGUGAGGUUUUUUUCCCCCCAAAGAAUUAGCGUACAGACAAAAUGUAUUUAGAGGGAAUUGAAAUGGCAAUGAUCAGAAAGUAUGUUCUGCAUGGGGCCAGGUGAAUAUAUCUGGCAACCACUGAGUUGGUUGAUUUCAUGAGUUUUCAUGAAUAAUUUGAAUUUUGUCUCUUUUAUUUAGACCAAAGGUCUCAUAGACUGCACCCCCUAAUUUUUCAUUCUCUAUGUAGAACUUGAAAAAUGAAUUCUAUUCCUUCCACUUAAGUCUUUCUUUCUAAAGCCACAUCUGUGGCUUUUUGGGUAAUUUUUCUUUCUUUCUUCAAUCCCUUCUCAAGAAGCCAUCAUAUAAUUUGUGCCUGAUUUUGUAAUCUCCUGGUAGAUCUGUGUUCUAGUUUCAACAUAACAUUUAGCUGUGUGGUUCAAUGUAGUACUCUCUUAUUUCUUCUCUUCUAAAUGCUUUUCUAUAAGCUGUAGAAAUAUUGUUCUCUUUCGACCUCUGGGAAAAUAAGACUUACCCCAACUCUGUCUAUAUAUUUUAUAUAUAUAUAGGACAUAAACUCCUAAAGACAGACUGAUAACUUCUUAAUUUUUACUCUCAACUUUUUUCACUCACAGUAACUGCCAACUGUGGUCAUAAAGAUAUAGAGAAAUGGAGAGUUUAGUAGAAGGCAAUCAUGCUGUCCCUGGACUGGUAGAACAUUUCUAGGUCACUGCGUUUACAGAAUUUUCUGAUAAAUACAGCUUAGGUAAGUAGUGAUCAAGCCAAUUAAGACUCUAGCUUUUAAGAAUACAUUUAGCCAAUCCAAUUUUAAGAAUUCCCCAUUUAUAGCACUUAUUGUAAUUGCAUUAUAAUGAGAGAGAAAAAUAUGUCUACCAAGAUGAGCAAAACUGUAACCUUUAUUAUCUUCUUAUAUCCUAUACAUACAUAGACGAGCUUUUUAAAAGAAUGAUCUGUGUUCAUGUAGUAUGUACCAGUAGUGCUGUCCCUAUAAAUAUCUUAUGAAAUAAUGUAGAAAUGGUGAUUUUAGAGUAGUGUAGUUUGAAGUGUUUUUUUUUUUGGCCCAUGAUAAUAGCAUCAAAUCUAAAAUUAUUCCUUCCGAGGGACUAUUUCAGUCAUUUUUUAUUUGUCUCUGUGUCUUCACAUUACAGGGUCUCAGGUAAAUAUUUAGUUAAACACAUGUCUAUCGAUGUGAUGCUUUCAUUCCUUUAAACAACAAACCCCCAAACUAGACCUUAAUGUCACAUUUUCCAAAAGAACCUAUUUCUUUUGUAUGAAAUACUGACUCAUUUUGCUGAACUUUCUCUUUUCUAGGGCAAAUAGUGUUGCCAUUUGCUGACAUGGGUGUGGAACUUUAAAAUCUGCCUAAGCAGUGUGUGAAAAAUGAAAUGAAAAUAGUUUGGGAGAUUUGUUCCCCUUCCCCCCCAUAGUCUGCAAGGUCCCUUCCACCCCUACUUUAUGGUAGAGUUUGUUGUCAAUCACAGAGGUUGAAUAAUGCUCUUUGUACAGAGACUUUACCAAAAUUAGCACUCACAACUUAGCCUUACAGAGCUAUGCUGUUGAUUCACCUAUGCCAGUGGGUUUCAUAGGGGCAUGGUGUGCUCACUUUCUGGAAAAAGCCAUAUUGAUAAGAAGCUAUCACUGGUUGGGCAGAGCAAUUUGAUCAAUGGGUAUAGAGAAUGGGCCCUACCAAAUGGCUGUAGUGGUUAACUGUGGUAGGGGAGGGCAGGUGGGAGAAUCUAUUUGGUGUUAGAAUGAAUUACCUUUCCAAAUCAGAGAAGCCUUUCCUUUUUGAUGGUCAGAGAAAAGACCACAAAUUAAUUAACACCAUGUAGCAGAUGAUGAUGAUGAUUCUUUCUUCUCUCUGUUUCUGUCUCUCUCUGUCUUUGUCUUUUCUCUUUCUAUUCUAUCUCCAUCUAUUUUCUGGUUUUUUUUUCUAUCUCUCUCUGUUCUUGGUUCUUUUUCUGUCUUUUCUUCCCUCACCUCUCUCUUCCUCUUUAUGACUAAAAUUUUAAUUUUAUUUUAGAAGUCAAGUAAUCUCUUCUAAUGAUUUUUUGGUGAUCAAAAGAGAAAAAGUCUUUCUAAUGUUGCCAGAUUUGUUUUAUCCAAACUAUAAGUUAACCUAAUUGCUGGUUAAACUUUUUUAAAGCUGGAUAGUGUUAAAAACUAUGCAGUUGGAAGUAACUGCCUUACUAUUAAUUAGAAUUUAUCUACUCAAGAAGAUAAAACACAGGUAUCUAUUCUUUGGCCAUCUGUUGUUUUUUUUGCUAUUUUGAAAUCUUGGGUGAAAAUUGUUUAAAGAGACAAGUGCCAGGGGGAGAGAUUCCCAACUUUUCUUGAGGGAUGCAAAUCUGAAGAUUUCUAAUUUUAAAAUUUAAUUUCUUUCAUUUUGACAUUCAUUUCCAACUUUCAGACUUUUGUGUUCAGAGAUGUUAAAUAAGACAGUUCUCUUUCCAGGCACUGCAGUCCCGUGAAUCUUGAGCACGUGGUCAGUAGUAUAUCAACAAUUAUGUACACAGCUCUGACAGAUAUUUCUAUGGUAUUAAAAUGCUUGCACCCAACUCAAGGAAGAAAUACAUGUGAAUUAAAAAAAUAACAUUAUUACCAUAAACUGCAUGUGGGGCCUCCACUACCUGAUGAUUCCCCAUUUGUUUAAAGAACAUUGGAAAAACUGUUCAUUUAUUGUUGUGCAAAAGAGCUUAGUAAUUUUCCAUUGGUGAAAUUCUUUUGAUAACACCAACAGAUGCCAGAAACCCAUCCCAAAACAAAAAGCCAUAUGUGAAAAACCAGUGACCCUGUAAGGUCCUCCAAGGAAAAUAAUUGUAUAUUUCUUAAUGUAUUGAUGUUGUGGCUUUCUAUGCAGAUAUUAACCUUGCAAGUUAGUAGCUUUCAAUCUGUUCAGAAUUGUGUUUGCCACAUUCUUAUGUACUCAAAAGUGGUAAAAUUCUGGGACCAGUUAAGAUGUCCUGCUUUUUGUUUUGUGCAUGAAAACUACACUCAAUGCAAAAUCCUGGAUGGUCUUAACUAGUUUGAGGUCUUCCAAGUAUUUUUAAUAUGCAAGAAAUGUAUCCAACUUGUGUUUCAGCAAGACACAACAGCACUUUAUGCUUCAAAAAGAAGGGUUGAACAAAAUGACUCUUAAUUGAACCAGACUUGGGCUGUCCUUAUAUCAGUGUUUCAUUUGAGUUGAACUAACCUUGAAUUAGGUUCUACUUCAUGGAUCAUCUACAGUUGCCUCAGUGCUCAGUGUCCCCUUCUAUCUAUCUGCCAGUUAGCUUGACUUGUCCAUGCCAAAGGUCAGGAUUUUCUUUAUGCUCCAUUUCAUUGUUCACUGAUCAUCUUCCCUUUCCUGGAGACUUGUAGAAUCCUAUUGCUUUGAAUGAACAUGGAUAGCAAGAUCAUCCUGGUGUAUUUGCUGAGGGGGAUUUGACCUCCUGUUACUCCCUUUUUCAGGGCUUAUGUUUUGGCAGCGUAAUGCUAAAAACAAAGUUUGAGGGCACUUUAAAGAGUAAAUUGUCCAGCAAUGACAAAUAGGAUGAGCCAUGUAGGAAGGGAUUUCUCCACUUGCCCAAUCAUAGUUUGUGUGGGGAGUUUCCUGCUUGGAAGAAACAGAUUUGUAAAUUGGGCUUUGAUUCCUAAUUUUUGCAAAGAGAAUAUCCGGUGCUCAUGAAAUAUUGGAACUUUUGUCCUGAGAUUUGGCUCUCAAGGUCCACAGAAGGAUCAUGCUAUCUCAUGGUCCCUUUCUUUGCCAUCUCAAAGCUGCCUGCAACCAAAGAAAGAGUGCAUUUUUUGAUCUGGGGUUUAACUUGUCACCGGAGAGCAAGCAGAAGCUUAUGACUUCAAUAGUUUGAUUUUCCUGCCAUGUUUUCAAUACAUCUUCAGGUUACCAUUUGCCUUAUAGGUGUAUUUCAUCAUUAAGAUAAGAAUUAGUGUUGAACUAGAGUCUGUUGUCUCAUGCAUAUUGUCUUGUGUCCUUUGUGUAUUUUUUGGCACUUUAUUACAGACCUAUUAUCGAAUAGGUUAAUUGGCAAUUACGUUCUUACGUAAUGUCAUGAAUACAGGCAUUCCUUAUGGAAAUAAUUGCCUGUGAAUAAAGAUAUGCUCCCUAAUCAGGUCGUUAUAUUUUUUCAUUAGCUAUACAUGGAGAAAAUAUAUUAUGUUAUAAAUGAUACAUCAUAUAUAUCUUAUAUAGUGCAUAUUAUAUACAUUCAUUUAAAAAGUCAUUAUUCUUGAGGCCCUACCUCAAAUUUUGUAUUUAUGUGUACAAAUGCAAUUUAUUGUAUUAUAUAUUUGCCUAUUAUAUAAUAAUGUUAUAAAUUAGAAUUUAUCCUAUAAUGUAUGAGUUCUAAAAACACUAAAUAAAUGUCAGUGGUUAAAACA